AAGGUGUCCCUGGAUAUCCUUUGAAGUCUAGUUCAUUAUUGAGUGGUUGCUGAGCGAUAAGAGAGAAUCUUACAGACGAUAAUCGAGGUUGAGUGAACUGCUGCGUAUAAACUCGAGCAAUGGGAGUGUUGGCCUUGUUUGGUUCUUAUCUAGAGCUAUACUCAUCCAAAUAAGGCGUGUGAGGUAUCAAAAGAACGCUAUAAAGAUAAGAAAUCCGUCAAGGCCUGGUUUGCAUCAAACGGAGUAGUAGAAGGCUUUCAAAUUGUCCAAACAAAACACAAACGUGCAGGGACAGAUUUACUUCUCUAAAGAACCAAGUUCGCCAGGAAACACCCAUUCUAGGGGCUGUUUUCAUAUCAACGGUUAGGGGUUGAACUAGCACUUUGAGGGGGCUGUUUAACACUCAUUUCUAAGCAAGGAAUCAGCUCUAAAACUUCCUUGGUUGAAGCUUUGGUCAUUGGAUCAAGAAGGAAAAGUUUAAAGCUCAAUUAAGACACACGAGUAAAUGAUGAUUGUUGGUGUUUGACUGUUUCUAUUGUGGCAAUCAUGUAUUGAUCAAAGGUACUCUUUCAUCGGUGUUAAUACACGAGCAUUUGACGUCUCAGUUUCUUAAAACAUGACUUGUCAAUCCAAAAUGGAAAGUUGUGAAUUACCUUGUGAUAUGUUGAUUGAAGUUUUGGCAAGACUGCCUGUAAAGUCUCUGAUGUGGUUUAAGUCUGUUUGUAAAUCGUUCUAUAAUUUGAUAAAGAGUGAUCUUCAGUUCAUGCACAAACACUACGAGAUGAGCAAAACAAAACAAGGAUAUGCUCUUAUAGAGUCAGGAAAUUAUUAAAGCAAAGCUAUAAACUUGCUUUACAAAGAAUCAGAGUUUUAUGCAGUGGGAUUUCAAAAUCUAGACAUAACACCUUUCCAUUUGAAAAUUUGGCAUGUCAAGUGUUUGUAUGGUAUGUUAUGUUUGAUUGUUAGUAGGGAGGAUCCAUUUUACCUUUCGUUCGGGAAUGAUAUGAUUUAUGACAUUGUGAUAUGGAACCCAUCCACCAAGGAAACCAAAUCCUUACCUGCACUUAAGGUUGUCUUCCGAAAUCCCCACGAUCAACCAAAUGAACCACCCAUGAGGUUUUAUAUGAAUGAUGGAUUCGGUUUUGGGAUUUGUAAGAACAUGACUUGGAAGAUUGUUGGUCUCUGGAACUUUAAAAUUUCGAGGGGUAAUGUCUAUCACAUAAUCGUAAUGGUUGGUAGCCAAGUUGGUGAUUCAUGGUGUUGGAGGCAAAUUGAUGCAACAAACAUUAAUUGCGAUUAUUUGUAUUUCAUUGAAGAUUUUUAUAUGAAAGGAAGAUACUAUUGGCGAGUUAUGGCAAUCUCCUCAACCUUGUCAACUUAUGAGCGUGAGCAGCUUCUUUGGUUCGACAUGGAUGAUGAAGUUUUUGGUAGGCUUGAGUUGCCAUCUCAUAUUGGAUGUGGUAUGUUUACAACUUCAGAUGAGACUAUUGCUUUUCUUGGUUAUCCAAUUGUGGAGAACAACUAUCAAAUUGAGAUUUGGUUGAUGGCUGAAGAUGACAACCGCCAUAUUAAUUGGCAUAAAUAUACAACUAUCGACUCUCAACAUUAUCCAGAUGAAAGACCGAUAGGAAUUUGGAAUCGAAAUUUGCUUCUGUUUCCUCCACUUCCAAACACCGACUCAUUUACGUUUGAUACAGAUUCUGUACCAUAUUUGAUUUCCACCAAUUUGGCAACUGGGGAAAGGAAUAUUAUGUAUGUCACAGAAGAAAGGAGAAACAUUAACAUUGCUUAUAACUCAAGUGGGUGUGUUCGCGUAUACUUUGAGGGGAAUGUCCAGAUUCCUCUAGAGUUCAGAAUGUUUCAUCUAGUGGGGGCAUUUGUUCGAGUUUAUCAUGAGUCUAUAUUUGCUGUGAAC